UAAAACAGACAUCAAUCCCUCGACUACACGUAAGAUGCCGACAUUUUCCCUCUUCUUCCUGGUCCUGAUCUCACAUGCCACUAUAACAUUCUCUAGACAUCCUCUGCUAAGAAUAUCAGAAGCAACCAAGUGGAGCUCAACGAGAAGGCAGCUGGGAAACGAUGCAUGCAGAACCGGUAACCCUAUUGAUGAUUGUUGGAGAUGCGACCCUGACUGGGAAACCAACAGGAAGGUGCUAGCUGAUUGUGCGAUUGGGUUUGGACGCAAUGCUGUGGGGGGUCGAGAUGGUAACCUCUAUGUAGUAACAAAUUCUGACAAUGAUGACCCUGUAAACCCAAUUCCAGGCACACUCCGCUAUGGUGUCAUCCAAGAAGAGCCUCUGUGGAUCAUCUUUGAUCAGGACAUGGUCAUCAACUUGAAGGAAGAACUUAUUAUGAAUUCACACAAAACAAUUGAUGGCCGGGGGCAUAACAUCCAGAUUGCGGAUGGUCCUUGCAUAACCAUUCAAAAUGUCAGUAACAUUAUCAUACAUAACAUCUACAUACAUGGCUGUGUACCAGGAGGAAAUGCCAUUGUAAGAGACUCCACAAAGCAUUACGGUUUGAGAGGUAAUUCAGAUGGGGAUGGGAUUUCGAUAUUUGCGGCUAGGGAUGUGUGGAUUGAUCAUUGUACACUAGCUAAUUGCCAUGACGGACUGAUAGAUGCUGUAUUUGGCUCAACAUCUAUAACAAUCUCAAACAACUACAUGUUCAAUCAUAAUGAGGUUAUGCUUAUGGGUCAUAGUGAUGAUUUUCUUGAUGACAGGAAUAUGCAAGUCACAAUUGCCUUCAAUUUUUUUGGUGAAAAUCUGGUUCAAAGAAUGCCUAGGUGCAGGCAUGGUUAUUUUCACAUUGUGAAUAAUAUAUAUACUGGUUGGGAGAAGUACGCAAUUGGUGGAAGCGCCGAUCCAACAAUCAACAGCCAAGGGAAUGUUUUUAUGGCAUUAGACAACAGUGACACUAAGGAGGUGACUUGGCAUGAAAGCUUGACUGGAUUUGAGGAGUGGAAGAGCUGGAACUGGAGAUCAGAUGGAGACAUGAUGCUCAACGGUGCUUUCUUCACGCCUUCUGGCCAGAAAAGUCCUGCAAGCUACAUAAAAGCAUCGAGCAUGGUAGCAAGACCAGCUUCAUAUUUAACAAACAUGUCCCCGCAGGCUGGAGCUCUUAAUUGCCAGAAGGGUUACCAAUGUUGAAGGCAGGACACCUAACUUUAUGCUUCUGUCUGUUUAAUUUUCCUCUUAUUUAAUUAAUUAGCCAAGACUCAAUAAGAUUUUCAAUGCUUUGAACCCUACCACCACGGUAGAAUUAACGAAA